UUGUUAAUCACUCGUGUAUCUGUUCGCUGCUAAUACCUCUGUCAAGAGUGUAUUGCGGUCCUCAGUUCGCUUGAGAUUGACCUACCAGGAACUAGGCGCUCCUCGGGUGGGAUGGCCGACAGAGGUUCUUGUUUUGAUGCAUAGCGUUGCGAUUUCUAGUACCUGGGUGAUUAGGUUCCUUGGUCCUUCCGUCUGUCGGAAUCCUUCGACUACUUUAGUUUCUUCUUUCUAUUCUUCUUCGCUGUUCUUUUCUUCCCCCUUACCUUUUUUAAACUUCGAACUUUUUGAGGGGGUACUUUUUAUGGAGGGGGUGCUGUUUGCUUUCUUCAAUACUGUUUCUGGAGACGUUCAUACGCCGGACUUUUGUACAGGAAUUCACCCUGUUUGCUUAACCGUCUCUAUAGGAGUAUUGAUUAUGUUGUGUUUGUUAUACAUUCGUCCUCAGUGGCUCCGAAGAACAUAGGGUUAUGCAACCAGGAUGGCUUGGUUAUGCCCACCAAGCUGGCGUACCCAAAUUACUUUGAAUGACAUUAUU